AUGAAAUCAGAGGUAGUGUGAUCGGCGCGUCGCGGGCCGUGCGCGUCCUGCCUUGUGCGUCCAUUGGUGCGCUCAUUUCAAGCGUUGGAUCUGUGCUCGUUCGCUGUUUUCCAGCUCUUCUGGUGUUGUGUUCCACUCUACAGUAUUCAGUUACAAAAAGUGAUACCAUGGCCAGAUUUAAGAGCAACUCAAACUGUUGCGUACCACAGUGCAAUUCGAGAACGGACAAGAAACAACGCAUCAGCCUCCACUUUGCCCCUAAGGACGAAAAAGACCGAAAAAUAUGGGAAGUGGCUAUACGCACAGGAAAGAAAUUGAAACCAUCAAUGCGUGUUUGUUCUAAGCACUUCAAGCCAACAGACUUUCUGCCAGCAGCCCAUGAGCACGCAAGGCGGUUUUUGAAGAAAGGAGCAGUCCCUUCUGAGAACAUCCCGCUUAGAUCAACCGACCGGGACAUCAAGAAAGCACAAAGAGACUCUGCCAGGGAAGACAGGGUGGCUCGUCGUGCUGGCAGGGUACAGCUAGCCUGUGCAGAUGAGCAAGAGCAGGAUGAACCUCAGCUGGAUGAAGGUGACCGGGAUAUGGCAGCUGCUGAGGCUCUUCUGGAGCUGCAGCAGGGUAUUUCAAAAAUGGCUGAUGCCAGCAUUCAAGUGUCCCUCAAUAGUGUGGAAAAAGGUGAUGUGUGUGGAUUCAUUAAAAGUGACCAAGACCUAAGAGUCAUCACUGGAAUCCCAUCAUUUUCAGUCCUUGAUGCACUUGAAAAACAUGCUCAGACUCAGCUGCCAUCUCUGCAGGAUGUUAGGAAAGGGAUUAUUAUAUCCAUGAUGCGGCUAAAACUUGGCCUGAGUUUUACAUCCUUAGGGGUGCUUGCCAGGCUUGAUAGGACAACUUGUGCAAAACUGUUCAAGGCUGUUGUGCCAGCCUUAGCCAAGACGCUUAAGGAUGUUAUUGACUGGCCCUCAAAAGAGGAGGUUCUGAACUGGAUGCCAAAGUCAUUCAAGAAGUUCCCCAAAACUCGUGUGAUUCUGGACUGUACAGAGGUUGUUGUAGAGAAGUGUCACUGCCUGAACUGUCGUGUGCGAACAUACUCUCAAUAUUACAGUGAUCACACCAUCAAGUUCAUGGUAGGGUGUGCACCAUGUGGCAGCAUCAGUUUCGUGAGCAGCGCAUAUGUAGGGAGGGUUAGUGACAAGUUUAUUUUUAAUGACAGUGGCAUUACACAGCUGUUAGAGCCCUAUAUUGAUGCCGUCAUGGUUGACAAAGGGUUCCAAAUAGAAGAGGACUGCCUUAGCAGUGCAAUAGAGCUGAUCAGGCCCCCUUUUCUCAAAGCAAAGAAACAGCUUUCACCAGCAGAGGCCAAAAAAACUGCUGAGAUAGCUCGUGCCCGGGUGCAUGUAGAGAGGGCUAUCCAAAGACUGAAACUGUUCGCUGUGAUGAAAAACAAGCUGAAAUGGUCCAUGCUGAACUAUAUUGAUGAGCUCAUCAUUAUUGUAUGUGGAAUUACAAAUCUCCAGGCUCCAAUCCUUGCUGAUGACAGGUUCUGAACCCCACGAAGUCGACUCGCAAAGAAACAAGGAGCGCAAAGGCUGAUGCUUGAGGAGCAAAGCAAAUUGCGGUCAACCACCUGCUCUGUUAACGCUUUCAUGCCACCCAUGUGAAUGUGCCUUCUUCAUGUGUCAUGUGCAUGCCUUUAUGUCUUCAAGUUCAUGUGAAAGUGAUGAUAUAAAUAUAGGUGAAAAGUUCUGUUCAUGCUUUAUUGUGACAUCCACAAAACGAUUGCUACAAAACUGAAGAUGAC